AUGGUCACCGCCAAGAGGCUCCUACAGAUGGCCAGGAAGUGGCACAGGAUGGCCGUCGCAGGGAGAAGAAGGAUCGCCUCGCCCAAAUCGGACGACAGAGCGCCCGCGGAGCCGAGCAGCAGCCAAUCUGCCGCCGCUGUGCCUAGUAAAGGAACCUUCGUCGUCUACUCUCGGGACGGAGGACGCUUUGUGGUUCCUUUGGCCUACCUCAACACCCCCGUCUUCCGGGAGCUCCUCAAGAUCUCGGAGGAGGAGUUCGGACUACCCAACGACGGCCCCAUCGUGAUGCCAUGCGAGGCGGCUCUCAUGGAGCAAGUCGUCUCGACUCUCCGCAGACGGGCGCCCCGAGAGGCGGAGAAGGAGAUAAUCAGCGUCAUCGCCAGCGCCCGGUGCUGUUCCUCUGUUGCACUCCCGCUAGGCAUUGACCACCAGCCAUUACCAGUUCGUGCGUUCUGA